UCUCCACAGUGAGGUCAACAGGGAAUCUCUGGAAGAAAUCCUUCCACAGCUGAAGUGUCAUUUCACCUGGAAUUUAUUCAAGGAAGGAAGUAUGUCGAGUCAUAUGGAAGAUAGGGUGUGCAACCAGAUCGAAAAUUUAAAGUCUGAGUACAAAGCGACAAUGUAUGACUUAUUGGCCUAUAUAAAGCACCUAGAUGGUGAAAAUGAGGCAGCCCUGGAAUGCUUAAGGAAAGCUGAAGAUUUACGGAAGCCAGAGCACAAUGAUCAAGCAGAAAUUAGAUGUCUGGUCACCUGGGGAAACUAUGCUUGGAUCUACUAUCACAUGGGUCAGCUCUCAGAAGCUCAGGCUUAUGUUGACAAGGUGAGACAAGUUUGCCAAAAGUUUGCAAAUCCUUACAGCAUGGAAUGCCCAGAGCUUGACUGUGAGGAAGGAUGGACACGCCUAAAGUGUGGAAGAAAUGAAAGAGCUAAAAUGUGCUUCGAAAAGGCACUAGAAGAGAAGCCCAAGGAUCCAGAGUGCUCGUCUGGGAUGGCCAUUGCCAUGUAUCGCUUAGGAGAAAAACCUGAGAAGCAAUUUUCUGAGGCUGCUCUGAAGAAGGCUGUGGAGCUGAAUUCUCAGAACCAGUAUGUGAAAGUUCUCCUGGCCCUGAAACUGCAAAAGAUGGGGGAAGAAGCCGAAGGGGAGCGACUGAUUAAAGAUGCCCUGGAAAAGGCUCCUAAUCAAACAGAUGUCCUCCAAAUAGCAGCUCAGUUUUACAGGAAAAAGGGUGACCUAGACAGAGCUCUUGAAUACCUUGGGAAAGCACUGAGAUCCACAGAAAACCACAGUCACCUCUACUGCUUGCUCAUGUGCCGUUACAGGAAAAAAUUGGAGCAGCUGCAGAAUAAAGGAGAUGAUGACAACAUUGAGAGAAGACAGAGGAUGGAAGAACUGAGAAGAUUAACAAUGGAAUAUAUGCACAAAGCUCUUCAGAGGAGGCAAAGUCCUCUGAACUCCUACUCAGAUCUCAUCGAUUUCCCGGAAGUAGAAAUAUGCUAUCAGAUGGUCUUCAGCAAGGACAGCCCUUGCGCUGAGGAACAGGAACUCUAUGAACGCUAUUGUAACCUUCAGGAGUGUCACAGGAAGUCUGAAGACCUCGCAGCCCUCAAGAACUUUAUGCACUUUCCCUGAAAUUAAAAAAAAAAAAAAUCCAUCGAGAAGGAAGAGGUUAAACAGCAAGCAUAGAACUUUAGAUCUUACCUUGCAGUAGGAAAUUUUGCUGGAUUCUUGUUCUUUCCAGGGAAUAAAUGAGAAGCUGAAUGGGUUACGGGUUUGGGUGGGGCAACACAAUUGGGCCGACAGGCAGCAUUUCCUGACACCAUCUGAGCCUGAGGACAACCGGACGUGUGUCAGUGUGCAGACUCUCAGCACUGGACUGGGAGAGAGACAUGUUGUAGAGUGGUCCAUAUGGGUAGGGAAGGACUGGAAAAGCAGGAGCCUUCCUGCCAAGGAUUGACGACAAGCUGCUCUUGAUUGUUUCUUUAAAGAACUGCUUUGUCUCUCUGACUUCUCUGCUCAUCCUAGACAAAUAAUUUCCCAGUCAGCAGAUCUUAUCACUGAUCAUGAGGAAAACGGCGCUUAAGGCUCACAGAGUACCUUUGGAUGACAAUUUUUCUCUGCACUAUAUGGCAACUGCUAAGGAAAGUUAGUCUAGUUCUUUUGUUCCAUUCAUAGUAGUCACUUAAUCCUAAGGAUUAACUUUUCCCUAAUGCAAGAAUAUUCUUUGCACAUAUUUUUUUAUUCUACCCUGGUGUGUGUGUGUGUGUGUGUGUGUGUGUGUGUGUGUGUGUGUAUCCCUAACAAUGAUCCUACAGUUAACAUGUAUGUCUUAUUGAAACUGUUGAAUAAAUAUGAAAGUUUCAACUAAAA